AUGUCCGAUGAAUUAUCAAUGCAUCUACUUGUCACGCCUCUUCUCUACCGGAUCUUUACUAUCCAGACUAGCCCGCAGCACACCAAACUCAUAGGCAUCCUCUUCCUCACUGAAUUCACUGUUGUGAUGGUGGUCCACAUGGUCAUGAAUGAGUUCCUUCUCCAUGCAGUGGCCUUCGGGUUGGGGGUCCUUUUGAUCGCGACACAGACAAUCAAAUUGGUCUCCCAGCGAGUCCCGGAUCCUUUCACUCGAAAGAAGUUUCGUAACAUCGGCCUCUUUGGCGUCUGUAGCUUCAUCUUCGGUUACAUGGUCUGGCUGAUCGAUGCGUGGGCUUGCAAUCCCCUGAUUCGCAUCAGACACUCGGUCGGCUUGCCCUUGGCGUUUGUGUUCGAACUGCAUGGAUGGUGGCAUGUCUUCACCGCAAUUGGUGGCUAUAUCGCGGUGGAGGUUGUGGACAUGAUCACAUCGGGUGAGGUUCACGAGGAUCCAACAGAUCAGCUUGCUUGGCCCAUUGCCGAUGUGGCAAGAUUUAUAGGGGGAGCACCAGGGACCAAGAAAUCGAGUUGA